CAUUUCGCCUCCCUAUGAAUCCGUGAGCCUUUUUCGGAUUCCGGGUCUCCAGAGAAUCCGAUAUCGGCUUCUCCGCCGCCUCCUCUUCUCUAUCGCGUUUCCGGCACCGGAACGGCGGCGUAAGCGUUGACUCUCCGGCUUGAGGUGUUUCCGGAAGAGAGGCCUUGAGAAAGUGAGCAAAAGCUUGGUUUUCGAGGAGGGAAUAGGGAGAAUGGAGUUCAAAUGGUGGAGCGGACAGUUAUGGACGAGCCUGCUCGUCUCGCUCGCGCUGGCCGCUGCGAUGGCGGCGGCGGACCGAGGGUUUCUUCCCGCGGUCGCAGUUGGCGAGGCGGUCGAAGCCGAGGAGGUCGGGCUGUCUCAUUACAUGCUCAAGGUCGUAAAUUUCUUGUGGCAAUCUGAUGGUUCCUCCUACCAGCACGUUUGGCCGCCCAUGGAAUUUGGGUGGCAAAUCGUUGUCGGAACCCUAAUUGGAUUCUUGGGAUCUGCUUUUGGGAGCGUUGGAGGUGUUGGUGGCGGUGGGAUUUACGUCCCCAUGCUUACCCUUAUCAUCGGAUUCGAUCCAAAGUCUUCCACUGCGAUAUCAAAAUGCAUGAUCAUGGGUGCUGCAGGAUCUACAGUUUGGUAUAACCUGAAGCUGAGGCAUCCAACUCUGGAUAUGCCGAUCAUCGAUUAUGAUCUUGCUUUACUUUUCCAGCCAAUGCUCAUGCUGGGCAUCAGUAUAGGAGUAGUAUUUAAUGUCGUUUUUGCUGAUUGGAUGGUUACAAUUCUCCUUAUUAUCCUCUUCAUUGGAACAUCAACAAAGGCAUUCUUAAGGGGUAUAGAUACAUGGAAGAAAGAGACCAUCUCCAAGAAGGAGGCAGCGAUGCGAAAGGAUGCGGACAGAAGAGAUGAAGUGGAGUACAAAGCUCUACCGUCCGGCCCUGGGGCUGCGUCAAAGGCUCUGAGGACCGAGGUCCCGAUCAUGGAGAAUGUGUGUUGGAAGGAGUUUGGCCUUCUUUGUUUUGUGUGGAUAUCAUUUCUCAUUCUGCAAGUUCUGAAGCAAUACUACACAUCAACCUGCUCCACGUGGUAUUGGAUUCUCAACUUUCUUCAGAUUCCCGUGUCUUUGGGGGUAUCGGGAUAUGAAGCUAUUAAUUUGUACAAAGGAAGGAGAGUAAUUUCAUCAAAGGGGGAGAAUGGAUCAAACUUUACAGUUCUUAUUCUCAUAUUCUAUUGUUCGAUCGGUGUUCUUGCCGGCAUGGUUGGAGGGCUUCUUGGUCUCGGAGGCGGGUUUAUUCUAGGUCCUGUAUUCUUGGAGCUCGGUGUUCCUCCUCAGGUCUCGAGUGCUACCGCAACCUUUGCAAUGACAUUUUCCUCAUCGAUGUCCGUCGUUGAAUAUUACCUCCUUAAGCGUUUCCCGAUCCCAUAUGCAUUAUACUUUGUGGCCAUUUCUUUAGUCGCCGCCAUUGUCGGCCAGCACGUAGUCAGGCGAUUGAUUGAAAUAUUGGGGAGGGCAUCACUCAUCAUCUUCAUUCUCGCAUCCACCAUCUUUAUUAGCGCAAUCUCGCUAGGCGGAGUUGGCAUUUCAAACAUGGUUUAUAAGAUCCAGCAGCACGAGUACAUGGGAUUCGAGAAUCUCUGCAAAUACGAAGUAUAGCAGCGACCACCGAAACAUCAAAGUAAACUUAUCAGUUCGAUCGGUUAUUUCGGAAUGACUGGGGUACGUGAUCAAUGAUCGAACAUGGUGUCUUGCCAGUGCUACAAAAAUUGAAUUUUUUUUUUAAGAUCAUGUUUUGAAUUAGUUAAUUUGGCUGGAGAUGGUAAACGAUGGGAAGAAGUUUUGAACUCUCUUGUUCUAUUGUUGUUGUAAUAUUGUCAUCUGUUUUGUUCAGUCAGAUCUUGCAGUAAUGGCUAUUCAUUCACACAUCUGUUUAAAGAAA